AUGGAGAAGUGGAGGAGUAUUCAGCUAUCAAAAGAGGAAGAAGAAGGGGUGGUGGUGGCGGAGGAGGAAGUAUGCGAAGAAGAAUCUUUUCAGCGGACUCUCGCCGGCAAGCUAUGGACUGAUAGCAGUUUUAACGUCAGAGCUUUCAAAAGCACCAUGAUUAGUGCCUGGAAGCUUAAGAAUCAGGUUGAAACGCAAGAUCUAGGGAAGAAUCUUUUUCUCUUCAAAUUCGCAACAAAGAGGGAUUUGGACUCGGUGCUCAAAAAUGGUCCAUGGAGUUUUGACAGAGCCCUCCUAGUGCUGAACCGAAUAUCUGGAGAAGAACAGCCGGCUGACAUUCACAUGCAUUUCGCGUCUUUCUGGAUCCGAAUAUAUGAACUACCUCUGAAGCUGCGCUCUGAAGCUAUGGCAAAGAAGAUUGGAGGUAUACUAGGAACAUUUGAAGAGAUGGAUCCGCGGGAGGUCUGUAAAAAUGGACGCUUUCUAAGAAUCAAAGUAACUCUAGAUCUGAAGGCCCCCUUAAAAAGAGGAACAGUUGUCAAAUUCAAAGAGAAAAUUUUAAGAGUCCACUUCAAAUACGAGCGACUUCCCUCUUUCUGUUUUGUGUGUGGCAGAAUAGGGCAUCAGAUGAAGGACUGUGAGGCAGUGGAGGACCUUUCAGAGGAAGGUUUUGAAGAGUUGGAAGAGCAAGACCUCUCCUAUGGACUAUGGCUACGAGCUUCACCACUUCCAAAGAUGGGUGAAGAACAGACGAAACGAGACUCAAGUUCAGGCACUUGUAGUAGAAGCCUUUUCAACGUUUCUUCAGGACAAAGUAGAUGUGAGGCGAAAACGAGAGAAAUGGGAGAUGACCAAGAAGUGCAGCAGGCAAAAUUAACAGGGGAGCGUCCAAAGGAAAUAGGGGGAGCAGUUCCAGAGGCCAAGCAGAAACCUGAAGUUAAUAAGGAAAAAAUCCCAGAGAUUGAAAAAGUUGCUGAAUCUUUUGGGGCAGUGGCUCUUUCAGUUGAAGAGACUGGAGAAACUUCAAGACUGAAGAACACUCAAACCACCAGAAAGAAGUGGAUUAGAAAGAAAGGUGUGAAGAAGAUUCAAGGCACUCAGAGCAAAAAUGGCACUGUCGAACAUAGUAAGAGACAACUGAUUGAUGUAAUGAUAACUGAAGGUCCAGUGGAAGCUUGUGGGAGUGGGGAAAAGAAAAGGAGACAGGAUUCAACCAUGGAGGAUCAAAAACUGCUUUUACCAGAGGUGGUGUUGGAAGACCAACACCGCCUAUCCCAAUGA